GGCUAGCAUACCCAUCAAUGGUGUCCGUUUGCUGAAGAAAAAAAAAAAAAAAAAAAACCUAUCUCGAAAGUCGGUGCCAAACAUAGCCUUCAAACACAUACGAAACAGCCACGCCACCUCCAUUUCUCCUUCACACCAAUACCAGAACUCCGACCAAGCUUCAAUGGACUCAAAUCUGUAUACAUUGCUGCAAAGUUCCCCUUACUGUCCUUCAUCGUUACUCGGUUCAUUUAAACCUAAUGUGCAAACCAUGCAAUCGCCGAUGAAUCGAGCGUAUUCUGGUGAUCAAUUGAGUAUUCCGAGGCUCAAAUUCGAGGGUAAACGUCGGUUAUCUGUUGUCAAAUCGAUUCCAAAAGCAGAAAUUAAUGAUUCUUCGACUGUGGAAGUGAAAGCCACAGAAGACGUUAAGGAGAUUGUGAAUCCGGUUUAUGUGCCCACGCCUUCAAAUCGACCUCUUCGUACUCCUCACAGCGGAUACCACUUUGAUGGGACUACGAGGAAAUUUUUUGAGGGUUGGUACUUUAAGGUCUCGAUACCAGAACGAAAACAAAACUUCUGCUUUAUGUAUUCUGUUGAGAAUCCUGCAUUUAAGAAGCCAUUAAAUGGUUUGGAGCAAUUACAGUAUGGACAACGGUUUACUGGAGUUGGAGCUCAAAUCCUUGGUGCUAAUGAUGAGUACAUUUGCCAAUACACAGAAGAAUCUCACAACUUCUGGGGAAGUCGACAUGAGCUGAAGCUUGGAAACUCUUUUACAUUGCAAAAUGGAAAGAAGCCUCCAAACAAUGAAGUUUCACCUCAGGUUUUUAAUCAGAGUGUGGUUGAAGGGUUCCAAGUUACUCCACUUUGGAAUCAAGGUUUCAUCCGUGAUGAUGAAAAGACACCUUAUGCAAAAACUGUAAAAACUGCACGUUGGGAAUACAGCACACGCCCUGUUUAUGGUUGGGGAAAUGUUGGGUCAACACAAAAGUCAACAGCCGGUUGGCUUGCUGCUUUUCCUGUAUUCGAACCUCAUUGGCAAAUAUGCAUGGCUGGUGGACUCUCUACAGGUUGGAUAGAAUGGGGUGAAGAAAGAUACGAGUUUCAAAAUGCCCCAUCUUAUUCUGAGAAGAAUUGGGGUGGUGGUUUUCCAAGAAAGUGGUUUUGGGUUCAAUGUAACGUUUUUAAAGGUGCAAGUGGAGAAGUUGGUUUGACUUGUGCAGGUGGACUAAGACAAUUGCCAGGACUAUCUGAAACCUUUGAGAAUGCUGCACUGAUUGGAGUUCACUACGGAGGAAUUUUCUAUGAAUUUGUUCCAUGGAAUGGAGUUGUUGAAUGGGAAGUUACUCAAUGGGGUUACUGGCAUGUAACAGCAUAUAAUGAAACACAUAAGAUAGAACUAGAGGCUUCAACCAAGGACCCGGGGACCACAUUGAGAGCUCCAACUACAGAAGCUGGGUUUGCAGCAGCUUGUAAAGAUACAUGCACUGCUGAUUUAACAUUGAAAAUUUGGGAAAAAGCUAAUGGGAAGCUUAUUUUGGAUGUAACAAGCGAUAUGGCAGCUGUAGAGGUUGGUGGUGGGCCAUGGUUUAAUACAUGGAAAGGGAGAACAUAUACACCUGAAAUUGUUAGUCGUGCAAUUAAUCUUCCUAUUGAUGUGGAAGGAAUUCUUGGUUCGUUUCCAUUGUUGAAACCUCCUGGUUUGUAGGGAAUUUUGUUUUUGUUACUUCAUGUAGUUGAAUCACAUCUCUAAUGAUUUGAUAUGAUACAUAAAUAUAUAAAGUUGUAUGUUGUAUAUUGCAUGUAUAUAAAGAUAUUUUGAUGGA